GAGGGAACAGAGAGGAUUAUGUUAAAUUCGGGGAGUCGUUCUCUGCUCUGCCAUUAAAAGAAACACGGCGAGUUGGUGAAGACGAGGCCGUCUCGUUGUUUGAUUUUGGUUGGCCAGAAAAUCCUCCCAACGACAAUUUCUUCCUUCCCAUUUCCCUCUCCCUCUGUCUCUCUCUGUCUCUCUCUCUCUCUCUCUUCUCCUCUGCGGAACGCUUCAACCGGCAUUUUUUUGCGGCCCCGGAAAAGAUGUCUGAUUGAUUUGGUGGGUCGGGGACAGGGCGGCCGCGGGAUCGAUCAGGUCUUCAGGUGAAGAAGAUCUGAGAGACAAGGAACCAACAAGACAGUUGAGAGGAGAGGAAGAUGAGUGCGUCGAGGUUCAUAAAGUGCGUUACUGUUGGCGACGGUGCGGUCGGUAAAACCUGCCUGCUGAUCUCCUACACCAGCAACACCUUCCCCACGGAUUAUGUCCCAACUGUCUUUGACAAUUUUAGCGCAAAUGUGGUCGUCAACGGGGCUACUGUGAACCUGGGACUGUGGGAUACUGCUGGACAGGAGGACUAUAACAGAUUGAGACCUCUGAGUUACCGUGGGGCUGAUGUAUUCAUACUGGCUUUCUCUCUCAUCAGCAAAGCCAGCUACGAGAAUGUCUCUAAGAAGUGGAUUCCUGAGUUGAAGCAUUAUGCGCCUGGUGUCCCAAUAAUCCUUGUUGGGACAAAGCUUGAUCUUCGGGACGACAAGCAGUUCUUCAUUGACCAUCCUGGUGCUGUGCCGAUUAGCACCCAGCAGGGAGAGGAGUUGAGGAAGCUGAUUGGAGCUCCUGCUUACAUUGAGUGCAGUUCCAAAACCCAGCAGAACGUGAAGGCAGUCUUCGAUCAAGCCAUAAGGGUCGUGCUUCAACCUCCAAAGCAGAAGAAGAAGAAGAGCAAAGCUCAGAAGGCCUGCUCAAUAUUGUAAUUGAGACUAGGUGUCAUUAAGGCAAAAAACAAGGGGAAAAAAAAAAGAAAAGAAAAGAAAGAAACCAGCAAAAAAGAAGAAGGAUAUUGACUCGCCGUUUUCCCCUGCACUGUAUCUCCUUCCCUUUUACUUUGGCCUUCUCUACUAUUAAGCCAGCUGCCCUUGCUGAUUAUUGUCUUCUCGACUGACAAAAGACUCGAGGUUUCUCUGGUGAAAGCAAUGUCGGGGUGCCACUCUAUUGAUCUGUAAUCCAGUCGUGUUAUCCUGUUCAUUUUUAAAUAUGGUCUUUCCGAUUUAGUUUUUUAUUUUCUUUUUUCUUUUUCUUUUCCUAUGUAUUAACAGACUCCCCCUUUUGAGGAAAACUUGCCUUUGCACGAACAUAGUUAAUAUCUUCAUCUGUCAUUGUAACUAUGUUUCUGAGCCA